UCGGCGCUGCGUCUAGAAACAUAGUGCAGUAAAUACUCACUGAAAAUUCCGCUAUUUUACUGUAACUAGUAUCAAUUUAAAUUGGUACCAUGAAUCUUAACUUCUUCUAUAUUAAAUUAUAUUACACAAUUCUUUUUUUCUUAUUUAUCAUGCUUUGUACAAUUCUAUUCCAAAUACUAAAUUAAUUUUCAAUGGUUAGCUUCUUCAACAUUGAACUACCAAGUGGAUCAAAAUGACUCCUGUUGGAUAUCUUCGUUUACGAGUUUAGAAAGAUACAGAUGUUUUUUCUGAAAAACCAUUAAACAAAUUAAUUUAAAAUAAUAUAUAAAUUAAAAUAUUUAAAAACCCGAGAUCUUAAUAAAUGAACUCUUAUAAUUUUUAUAAGGAAUUAAAAAGCAGUUAAUUCAACUAGUUGGUGGUUCUAGUGUUGAUGAUCUGACAAAAUGUGAUCACAUUUCAGCUAGGGUGAAUGCAUUCAGUAAUCAAUGGACGUAACCAUAGCAACAAAGGGAAUGUGUAAAGUGAUGUUGAUAUAAUUUAGAUUUUAGAUUACUUUAAAUGGGUUCUUAGACGAAGACAUAUGAUACGUUCAAUCGUUAAUAUUAAAAAAAACCGGUAAUUCAAGAAAUUGCGACCAGAAUGUUCAGUAUUAUUUUCUUUAUUUUAUUUUUAACCAAGUUUUACAGUACAUAUUGCGAAAAUUUUGAUAUUGAUACAAAUGGGUACAUUGUUUAUUGUCCAUGUAUGGGAAGGUUUGGAAACCAAGCAGAUCACUUUUUAGGUGCCUUAGGAUUUGCAAAAGCAUUAAAUCGUACCUUGAUUCUACCGCCAUGGGUUGAAUAUAGAACAGGAGAAACUAGAUCGAUACAAGUUCCUUUUAACACAUAUUUUAAUGUUUCACAAGUACAAAGUUGUCACAAAGCGAUGUUAAUGAAAACAUUUAUGGAAGAUAUUGCACCAAAAAUAUGGCAACCUAAGGAAAGAGUAUCUUUCUGUUAUUCCACACGUGGCAAAGGAGAUUCAUGUAAUGCUAAAGAGGGAAAUCCAUUUGGCCCAUUUUGGGACACAUACAAUAUAGAUUUUACAAAAUCAGAAUUUUAUGGUCCACUCCACUAUGAUGUUUAUCACACAGACAUAGCAAUACAAUGGAAGAAACAAUAUCCAGCAAUAAAUUGGCCAGUGUUAGCAUUUACAGGCGCACCUGCCAGUUUUCCUGUUCAGCUAGAGAAUAAAAAGUUUCAAAAAUAUCUUGAAUGGAACACAGAAAUGCUUAAUAAAGCAAAAGCUUUUAUAAAAGAAACUUUACCAAGGGGAGCUUUUAUAGGAAUUCAUUUACGCAAUGGAAUUGAUUGGGUUCGUGCUUGUGAAUUUAUAUCCAGUACACCAAAUCUUUUUGCUGCACCUCAAUGUCUUGGUUAUAGAAAUGAAAGAGGAAAAGCAACUUCUGCUAUGUGUUUACCAUCAUUUGAUUUAAUAGUACGUCAUCUCAAACGUGUCAUUCGCAAUGGGAAAGGCAUCAAAUCAGUAUUUGUGGCAUCUGACAACAAUUACAUGAUUGAGGAACUUACUAAAGCUUUGGCACGCAUGGAGGUUUCAGUUUUUAAACAAACUUCACCUGCUUCUCCUCAUUUGGAUUUAGCAAUUCUUGGAAGAGCAAAUUAUUUCAUAGGGAACUGUAUUUCUUCUUUCUCAGCGUUUGUUGCAAGAGAAAGAGAAGUGAAAGGAUACCCUACAUUUUUUUGGGGUUUUCCCACAGAAAGAUCAUCUUCCAUGACCCAUGAAGAAUUGUAACAAAAAGACUUAUAAUUAUUUUUUCUAUAUGUACCCAUCUUUUUCUGUGGAAAUAUAUUUAACAGCAAUUAAU